UCGGCACCCGGCAAUCAGUGUCCAGCAGGGGGCGGGCGCGAACCAGGCCUCGGUCAGACACCUUAAUUGAAGUGAGCCAGAGAAGCCCAUGCCCGGAUCUACUGGAUUUCGACCCACGCCACCCUUGGGACCGUCAGGGACCGCAACGUCGAAGUUAGAGAUAGUUCUGCAAAAAACUGCCCGGAGCUCCAGCUGUCGGGUCUGGGUCUGUCUCGGGUCCAUAAUCCAACUUCGCCAAAAAUCCUCAGCCCGGAUUCUACGGAUUCUGCAUUUGGGGACCCCACGCUGAGUCCUUGAAACCUUAUCUCUUUCUUUUCCUCACACCUACUUCCACCCACCUGAUUAGGGGCCUGUUUCUUUAACGAUCAAAGACGUGGGCAGCGAUGGGGGUGGUAUCUUAGUUCCCGAUUCUCCAGCCCCUCCGUUAACUGUACCAUUAACAUUAUAGUCAUUAGACUGCUACUGCGCGCCUGGCGGCGCUAGAAGACAAGCGCUCAAUCUUCUAGCUGAGCUCGGAGGCUGAACGCGGAGUCGUGGCUCCUACCCCAGUUAUUGGCGGACCUUGCCAGGAGCAACUCGGGCUUCAGGCUGCCGGGUCAGGCACUGGGCUCUCCGUCGUCGAUGGCUGGGGAUGGUUUGUCUCACGUAUUGCGGGGUGUGUAAGCGGCUCGGAUUCAAUUAGCGGCGAAGCUCACGGGCCCUGGCAGCCCCGCUGUGCGGUCGCAGCAACAGAUGUGGGAAGCGCCCUUGGGCUGUCGUCUCUGAGAAGGCAGGUCUGGAGAAGGGGUUGAAGCCCCAGGCAGUGCUUGGGGAGACAACAAAUGGCGGGAUCCGCAGUAGUGCCCUUUGGAGCAGUAUGGCUAGUGUGGGCACUGCUAGGAUUGGCGGGAGCGUGCCCGGAGCCAUGCGCUUGCGUGGACAAAUACUCGCACCAGUUCGCUGACUGCGCCUACAAGGAGCUUCACGAGGUGCCUGAAGGAUUGCCGGCCAACGUGACCACACUUAGUCUGUCGGCCAACAAGAUCACCGUGCUUCGGCGCGGUGCCUUUGCCAGCGUCACGCAGGUCACGUCGCUGUGGCUGGCGCACAAUGAGGUGCGCACUGUGGAGCCGGGCGCGCUGGCCGUGCUGAGCCAGCUCAAGAACCUCGACCUGAGCCACAACCUUAUAUCCAGCUUCCCCUGGAGCGACCUGCGUAACCUGAGCGCGCUGCAGCUGCUCAAAAUGAACCAUAACCGCUUGGGCUCGCUUCCUCGGGACGCACUCGGUGCGCUGCCCGACUUGCGCUCCCUGCGCAUCAACAACAACCGGCUGCGUACGCUGGCUCCCGGCACCUUCGACGCGUUAAGCGCACUGUCACAUCUGCAGCUCUAUCACAACCCUUUCCAUUGCGGUUGCAGCCUUGUGUGGCUGCAGGCCUGGGCCGAGAGCACUCGAGUCUCGCUACCUGAGAUUGAUUCCAUUGCGUGCGCCACGCCAACAGCGCUGCGGGGCGUUCCUGUGCACCGAUUGCCCGUCCUGUCCUGUGCACCACCCAGUGUGCGUCUGAGUGCCGACCAGCCUAUGGAGGCGUCCGGCAGCCCCUUGCGUGCUGGCAUGGCUCUCAUGCUACACUGCGUUGCCGAAGGACACCCUACGCCCCGCCUGCAAUGGCAACUUCAGAUCCCGGGUGGCACCGUAGUCUUAGAGCCGCCGGUCUCGAGCUGGGAGGACUACGGGGUCGGGGAUGGGGUAGAAGACGCGGAGGAGGGAGAAGAUGGGGAGGGGCCAACGCAGACAGAGGUUCCAACUCCGUCUCCGGCACCAGCUUGGCCCGCGCCUCCAGCAACCCCACGCUUCCUGGCACUCACAAACGGCUCCCUGUUGGUGCCCCUCCUGAGUGCCAAGGAGGCAGGCAUCUACACAUGCCGUGCCCGCAACGAGCUGGGCGCCAACUCCACGUCGGUACGCGUGGUGGUGUCGGCAGCUGGGCCCCCAAAGCACGCUCCUAGCGCCGGUGGGGACCCAGAUGUGCAGGCCCCAACCUCCGAGCGCAAGUCCACAGCUAAAGGCCUGGGCAACAGCGUCCUACCCUCCAAGGCCGAGGGCAAAAUCAAAGGCCAAGGCCCAGCCCGCGGUAGCAUCCUUGGGGAGACUGAGGCGGGGCCGGAGGAGGAGGCAAGGGAGGGAGAGGAGGUGGAAGACCAGGUCUCUGCGGACCCGGUGGUGGAGCAGCGCUGUGGCCACGGGGACCCCUCACGGUACGUGUCCAAUCACGCGUUCAACCAGAGCGCCGACCUUAAGCCGCACGUCUUUGAGCUGGGUGUCAUCGCGCUGGACGUGGCGGAGCGCGAGGCUCGGGUGCAGCUGACGCCGCUGGCGGCGCGCUGGGGCCCUAGGCCUGGUGGGGAUGCGGGAGUUGGGCGGCUUGGGCAGCGACCCCUGCGCCGGCUCUAUCUGUGCCCGGCGGGGGGCGGUGCAGCAGUUCAGUGGUCUCAGGUGGAGGAGGGCGUCAACGCCUACUGGUUCCGCGGCCUGCGGCCUGGCACCAACUACUCCGUGUGCCUGGCGCAGGCAGGCGAGGCCUGCCACGUGCAAGUGGUGUUCGCUACCAAGAAGGAGUUGCCCUCCCUGCUGGUUAUCGUAGUGGUAAGCGUGUUCCUUCUGGUACUGGCCACUGUGCCCUUGCUGGGCGCCGCCUGCUGCCAUCUGCUGGCCAAACACCCGGGGAAGCCCUAUCGUCUGAUCCUGCGGCCGCAGGUUCCCGACCCCAUGGAGAAGCGCAUCGCCGCUGACUUUGACCCGCGUGUCUCCUACCUUGAGUCCGAGAAAAGCUACCCACCAGGCGGCGAAGCAGGCUGUGAGGAGCCAGAGGAGGCUCCCGGGGAGGGCCUUGACGAAGAGGCGGAAGAGGGGGACUCGGGUGGGGACUUGCAGAGGGAGGAGAGCCUGGCCGGCUGCUCGCUGGUGGAGUCCCAGUCCAAGGCCAACCAAGAGGAGUUCGAGGUGGGCUCCGAGUACAGUGACCGGCUGCCCCUGGGUGCCGAGGCGGUCAACAUUGCCCAGGAGAUUAACGGCAACUACAGGCAGACCGCGGGCUGAACUCCUGCCCGCCCUGCCCUCCCAGUCUCACCUCCAUCUUGGGUGCCUGGGAGCGGAAGCCUAGGGCUGGCAGGAUUUAUACCCACUGCCCCCCCCCCCCCACCAACACACACACACUUCCUCUGCCCUUUCACCACCACCACCACCCCAAUCUUACUCUUGGCGACUUCUAGUGGGGAGUGGAACCAUUUCACUAGUCCCCACCCACCCACGAUCAUCAUUGACCUUGCGGCUGAAUUCCCUCUGGCAAGCACAGUUUUCUGCUCCUCUCUCCUCGUAUAUGACACAUCGCUGACCAUGAGGCGAAAUCCCGGCCUCUCCACUCCUACGCAACUAUCUCGGAAAUCUGCCCCGCAGCCCGCCCACUGUGAGCGGUGCAGCCAGAGUAAAUGGGAGAAGGCGCUGGAAACAACUGAAAGUUAACACUAUGGCGCCGGGUUUGGCCCGGUGCUCCCAACGGAGUCCCUACUGUGGAGCGCCCUGAGGUUCCACCUCACCUCUACCCUGCCCUUUCCGGGGUGCAUAUGCUAGAAGCCAGGGUUCGGUGACAACUCCCUAGUUUUUAGUUUCAAAGCCCCCUUGCGACUGGGAACCAAACCCUUCUACUCCCCUGCCCCCCUCUGCUUCUGACCAGCUGGAGCCGAGCCUGGUGCCUGGGGCGCCUUUCGGCUUCGCGUUCGGAUUUUCAUAUUCUGGUUGUUUUCAAAGACAGCGACACUCCGGUCCGGUGCUAACACUUUUCCCAGCCUCUGGGAAAUUGUGUGUGUGUGUGUGUGUGUGUGUGUGUGUGUGCGGGUGCGUG